GUUAGCAUGUUGGCAUUAGCAUGUUGGCAUGCUAGCUUUUAGCAUGAUAGCUGUUCUGCUACAGCUCAGCAAGUACACUUUGCAUUUUCUCUGUGGAAAUGCAGUCUAGUUGUUCUGUUGUAACUCCCAAGUCGUGUUCAAGUUUCUGAUGGUUUAUGCUGAAGAAUUCUGAGGUAGUCCUCCUCCUCCAUUAUUCCAUCCUAUUUGUGCAAUGAACCUGUUCCACUGGCAGUAAAACAGCCCCAGAGCAUGAUGAUCCUACCACCACCACCAGCUGGUACAUCCCUCUGUACAUGGUGGUCAUUGUGGUCAAACAACUCAAUCUUUGUCUCAUCUGACCAUACAGCUAUCCUCCUGAAGGCUUUUUCUUUGUCUGUGUGGUCAGCUUCAAAUUUUAGUUAAGCUUGAAGCUGUCAAUUUUGGAGCAGGGGGUUAUUUCUUGGAUAGCAACCUCUUAGUCCAUGGUGAUCUGAACUGUAGACAGUGAUCUAUCAGCUUCCAAUUCAUGGCAGGGCUCUGCCAUGGUGGUUCCCAGGUCGUUCCUGACCAUCAAAACCAAUUUCCUUUCAGCUGAGGGUGACAGUUUGGGUUUUCUUGAAGCAAAGUGGCUUGGCAAAGUGACUACACCUCACACUAAUUUGGAUACAGUUGUUUGAACUGAUCUUGGAAUUUGCAGUUGUUUAGAAAUGGCUCCAAGAGACAUUCCAGAGUUGUGUGUAUCUGCGAUCCUCUUUCUCAGCUCUGCACUGAGCUCCUUGGACUUUCCCAUUUUACUGUGUGUUGGUCAAUCCAAUGAGUGCUGUAAACAAACCCUUUUUAUGAAAGCACCAGCUGUAGUCAAUCAUGAUCGUUAACAGGAAAUUAAGAGACCUCAGUCUUGGCAAGAUAAGAUACAUUUUGGAAGAUGCUGAUAUCCGACUUAUUGUCCUUAGGCAGUCAGGGUAUUUCCAUAUAGAGGUAAAUGUUUUCUUGUAAACAUUCUGCUCGUUGACUGGCUAUCAACAUGAAAUUUACGUUGAUCCAGAGUGACAUAUUUAUAAGAAACUUGGGAUGACGAGGGGAGAUCUGUCUUGUCACAGCUCUUCUCAAAGCCCACAUGUGAAAUCUGGCAUGCUUGUUGGCAGUAUAAAGAGCAUGUGGUGUGCCAUGACCAGUCCUUCCUCUCAAGACGAUCCUCUCCAGCAAGGGGAAGCUCUCAUCAUUGGCCUAGGCCCCAACAUUCAUGUUGCACAUUUUCACAUUAAUCGAUUUAACCAUAUGCCCAUCAAUGGGUUGUUUCAGCUGGCUGGAAUGCAGAUGGUCAACUUUAACAAACAUGCCAAGAUUACUGACGUAUGA